AUGAUGUUCCUACCCUUUUCCCCUCCCCCCUCCACCUCUCUCUUCCCUGUUUUCCUUUUACUCCUCCUUUUCCUCCCUCCAUCCCUUGUCUCCUCUUCCCUUUCCCACACCCCAUUGAGCUGGACUUCGCCUCAUGACCCCUGCUACCACCUAGACGGCCGCCCGCGACACUGCCUGUCGGAGUUCAUCAACGCUGCCUAUGGGGUCCCGGUCAAUGCCAGUCACUCACUACCAGUGCCUGAUUAUGACAGCAACAUCACCACCUUGACAGACCUCCACAACCCUCAUAACCUCACCUGCUGGAUUUCUCACAGAGGCACUGACACCGGGGAAUGGGUCCUCACCGUACCACUGGGCCGUCGCUUUGAGAUCACCUACAUAAGUUUACAGUUCUGCCACCAGGGGGAACCUUCAGAUCCCAUCUCCAUCUCCAUCCUCAAGUCAAUGGACUACGGGCGCACCUGGAGGCCGAUGCAGCACUACUCCAGUGACUGCCUCGGAAACUUUGGGCUGCCCUCCCAAACAGUGGCCCAGACCAGGCAUCAAGAGACGGAGCCUCUCUGCUCAGACCCCCGACCCCUGCAAAAGCAGAGGGGCGGAAUGGUGCUGGCGUUCUCUACCCUGGAUGGACGACCAUCCUCUCCCGAUUUUGACCACAGCCCCACUCUCCAGGACUGGGUGACGGCCACAGACAUUCGUGUGAUCUUCCAUCAGGUGUCCAAAGUCGUCAAGGUAAAAGGUAAGAAGGAAGGAGCACGACAGCAGGAUGGUAGAGAAGAUGACAGAGGGACUGGGCUUCUGAGGUGGAGAUCAGGCUACAAGGGCCACACUGGAGAACAGGUCAACAAGUUAAACACAGAUAAUACACUGGCAUUUUUUGACAGGGAGACAAAAAACUCAGAGAUAAGGGGGAGGAACAAAGGAGAGAGAGGAAGGAAGGGCCAUAAUAAAGGGUCCAGUCAAGAGGAAGAUGGACACAACGUGACCAGCAAAGAUGGGGGGGGUAGUUUUGGUACGGACAUGCUCCAUUAUUCAAAGAAAGGCGGAAAAGGUAGAGGGCAUGGCCAUAAGAAGGAUAACAAUCAUUGGCUCCCUUGCCCCAAUGGCAGCUGUAGUUGGACAGUGGAGGGGCGGGGCAUGAGCAACAAAGGACGGGAACUGAGGAAGAGGAGGAAUAAUAAUCUCAACAUGAGACAAAGUGCCAGGAAUCUGCAGGUGGCUGCGCCCUCCUCCGUCACCUCUCCUGUCCGAGCUCCCCUGGCCCUCUCGGACCUGCAGGUUGGAGGCAGGUGUAAAUGCAACGGACACGCCUCCAGGUGUCGCCGUGACGACACAGGCCGGGCAGUAUGUGUGUGUGAGCAUCACACGGCAGGGCCAGACUGUGAUAUGUGUGAGGAUUUCUACUUUGACAGACCGUGGCAUCGAGCGACACCCACACACCCAAACCCCUGUGUCGCCUGCGAGUGUAACGGCCAUUCAAACAAGUGCCGCUUCAGCAUGGAGGUGUUUCAGCAGUCGGGCCGACGCAGCGGAGGCGUGUGUCAGAAGUGUCGCCACCACACGGCUGGGCGCCACUGCCAGUAUUGCCAGAAUGGAUAUACCCGCGACCACGGCAAGCCGCUGAACCACCGCAAGGCCUGCCAACCAUGUCAGUGCCACCCUUUGGGAGCAGUAGGUCGCUGGUGCAACCAGACAUCAGGUCAGUGUCUGUGUCGAGAAGGGGUGACCGGCCUCAGGUGCAAUCGCUGUGCCCCGGGAUACAAACAGGGCAAGUCCCCUCUACGGCCCUGCAUACGAAUUCAAGAGGUCGCUCCGACCCCGGUGUACCAACCUCAAUACAGCAUAGCGGAGGAGUGUGUUUCAUAUUGCCAGCCGUCUCAAGUUAAAGUAAGGAUGAACUUGGAGACCUAUUGUCUCAAGGACUACGUGCUGAAGGUGCAGGUGAGAGGGAUGGAGCGUUCAGGUCCAUGGUGGCAGUUCUCCAUCUCAGUCCAAACCGUCUUCCGCACAGGGUCCACCUCCCGCGUUCGCAAGGGCCCCCACUCCCUCUGGGUCCCCGACCGUGACCUCAGCUGCGGCUGCCCCGCCCUCCACGUGGGUCGGACUUUCCUCCUGAUUGGCGCAGAGGAAGGAGAGCGGGGCUGGGGCCCGGAGGAGAGUCGCCUGGUGGCGGACCGCUCUACUCUGGCCCUCCAGUGGCGGGAACACUGGAGCCCCAAACUCAGGGGCUUCCGGGGGCAGGACAGGAGGGGCCGCUGCCCUCCGAAAUCCCCCAACAACCACCACAGUGCGCACUCAAAAUCCCAGUCUGGGUACAUCCCCCCUCACCUGCUGACUGAGAAAGACACUGACAGUGUGAACACACACUCUGUAAAAGCGGACAAAACUCAAACUUUAAUAGAGCCACACACACACUCUUACUUAGAGGGCAAGGUUAAAUCCACUGGGGCGACCCCCUCGUCCACUACACCUGCUCUGGUGUGUUCCACUCAAGGCCCUGAAUAA